AUGGGCAGCCAGAGCUCCAAGGCUCCCCGGGGCGACGUGACCUCCGAGGAGGCAGCAGGCGCUUCCCCUGCUAAGGCCAACGGACAGGUGAAUGGCCACGUGAAAAGCAAUGGAGACUUAUCCCCCAAGGGUGAAGGGGAGUCGCCCCCCGUGAACGGAACAGAGGAGGCAGCCGGGGCCACUGGCGAUGCCAUCGAGCCAGCACCCCCUAGCCAGGGCGCUGAGGUCAAGGGGGAUGCCCCCGCCAAGGAGACCCCCAAGAAGAAGAAGAAAUUCUCUUUCAAGAAGCCUUUCAAAUUGAGUGGUCUGUCCUUCAAGAGAAAUCGGAAGGAGGGUGGGGGUGAUUCGUCUGCCUCCUCACCCACAGAGGAAGAGCAGGAGCAGGGGGAGAUCGGUGCCUGCGGCGAGGAAGGCACAGCCCAGGAAGGGAAGGCUGUUGCCACCCCCGAGAGCCAGGAGCCCCAGGCCAAGGGGGCAGAGGCUAGUGCUGCCUCCAAGGGAGGAGACACAGAAGAAGAGGCAGGGCCCCAGGCUGCAGAGCCAUCCACUCCCUCGGGGCCAGAGAGUGGCCCUACACCUGCCAGCGAGCAGAAUGAGUAGCUGGGUGGGGGCAGGUGGGUGAUCUCUAAGCUGCAAAAACUGUGCUGUCCUUGUGAGGUCACUGCCUGGACCUGGUGCCCUGGCUGCCUUCCUGUGCCCAGAAAGGAAGGGGCUGUUGCCCCCUCCCAGCCACGCUCCCUCUCCUUUUCCCUCCUGUGGAUUCUCCCAUCAUCCAUCUGGCCUUCCUCUUAAGGCCGGUUGAAGAUGGUCCCUUGCAGUUUCCCGAGUUAGGUUAGUGAUGUGAAAUGCUCCUGCCCCUGGCCCUACCUCUCCUGUCCCCACCCCUGCAGAAGGCAAUUGCUGGUUUUCUUCCCCAAUUCUUUUCCAAGUAGGUUUUGUUUACUCCCCCAAAUCCCUGGAGCCAGAUGUGGGGUGCCUACACUCCCAAACCCUGAGUGUCCAGCCUUCCCCCUCCUGUUGAGUUUUUAGUCUCUUGUGCUGUGCCUAGUGGCACCU